AUGGUAUGCUAUCAAGUAUGGAUAAAAUCGGUAAUAUAUUCCCAAAAUCGUCCAACCGACAAUUUAGCCAUAACCUCUGACAGCGAGGGUUAGUGCUUGCGUCAUUUGGUUCAGCACCCCUGCCAUCUGCACAUUCUGCUCUACAAUUUUCCUUUGUAGAGCAAUGGCCUCCUCCUCUCGCUUUUCUCGAUCCUCCACUUUUUUUAGCACUGCUCCAAGCAUCUUCGCUGCAGUCAAUUUUUCAGAAGGGAUGUAAGAAGGCGAUGGCAUAGGAGAAGAAACGAUGGGAGGAGAUAGGGAAUCUGGAGGUGAUGGUGAGGAAGAAAUAUUUAUAGAAAGAACAAGAAAAGCUGGCGAUGCGACUGUUGGUGAGGGCGCUGGAGCAGGCGAUGUGACUGUUGGUGGUGGCGAGAAAGCUGGAGCUUAAGCUAUAUUUAAAUACAACGGCAAAACCUUUGGAUUUUCGUUUUUAACAAUGCCACCAAUCAGACGUACAAACUUAGGACUAGAAAUAAUAGCUGCAUUAUAUUAUAAUGUGGCAAUUGAAUACAGUUCAGAGCAAAUUGUUACUAGUGGACUAAUGAAUAUUGUGUGUUCACAUUGCAAUGCAUUGAAAUUCAAAAAUAAAGUCCCUGGAUUGUGUUGCGCCAGCGGCCAAGUCAAAUUGACGCCAUUGGUACCAUCACCAGAGCCACUACAUUCAUUGGUUUCCGGAAAUGGGCCAGAUUCUGAUCAUAUUUUGACUCACAUCCAGCAAUACAAUAAUUGCUUUCAAAUGACAUCAUUUGGCGCAACAAAAGUUAUUCGAGACAAUUUUAUGCCUACUUUUAAGACUCCGUGUCAAAUAUAUCAUCGAACAGGUUCCUUAUUGCCAAUGCCUGAUGAAGACUAUACAUUUUUGCAAAUAUAUUUUAUGGGCGAUUCAGCAAGAGAAGUCGAUCAGCGUUGCGCAUACAACAACUCAGUGAGAAGAUCCAUUGUGGAAAAACUUCAAACAUUUUUCCAUCAACACAAUGAAUUAGUUGCAUUAUCCACAACUGCAUUAGACCUCAUGCCAUCAGAUAAUCAUAAAAAGAAAAGAAAAUAUUAA